AUGGUCGGUAUUCAAGCAAUGGGCUCAUCGGGGGCGAUCGCUCAAAAAGCGCGAAAAGCGGCCCGCGACCGGAGCUCCAAAGCGGCUCCAAAAUCGAACACAUCGAAACUGGCGAAGGCGAGCAAAGAGGAAAGUUAUAUACUGUCCAAACUGAAGGUAAAUCAAAUUCAAAUUCAAAUUCAAAUUUCGCGCCCUCUAAAAAUAACGUUUCAUUAGGAGAAUGUGAACAUUUUGGAUAUGUCGCUGAAAUCCAUCGAAAAAGGCAUCGCACACAUGCCGAACGAGGACGACGUCGACGAGCAGACGGAUGAUUCGGACGAGUCGGACGAGUCGGAUUUGAGAAAAGAGGGAAAACAGACGAAGAGAGUGCGAAGCGCACGGAGACGAGAGGCAUCGAACAGCAAAUACGUGUUGGAUCCCGAUGAGGAGCUGUUGUGCAACGAUACAAUGCAGUCGCAAGCGAAUUCGCCGUGGUUCGAGCAGUUCAACGGAGGAUAUCCGUGCUUCCACAACCUCAAAAUCGAAGUGCCCAAAGUCGAUUGUAAGCGGAGCAUUGGAGGAGCCCCUUACAUUUCUUCUUUUUUUUUUUUGCAGACCAAAAGCUGAACCAACGACUUCUCGAGUACACAAAUCAAGUGUUCGCGCAGGUGGAACCGCUCAACGCCUCGAAUCUUCCGUUGGCCACGCGUCGGGAGUGUCGGAAGACGUCCCAACACACGAAUCUGUGCCUGAAUCCGUUGCAGACGAUGCGUGCGUGGGCGUUGUUGGCCAACGUGGCGUGCAACAAGACACUCGAGGAUCUGCUCAAAUUUGUUGGGCAAUGUACGUUUUGAAAUGGGGUUUGACAGAAAUUUUAGCUACCUUUUAAGUAUCGUUCGUUCGAGACGAUGUAUCUUAAUUGCCUGUAGAGAUAUCAAAAAGUUUACGGCGACCAAAAGUGUAGAAAAAGGCGUGGCCUAAUCUGAAACGCGUUUUCUGAAAAUUGCCGCAAUUCCAGCACACUUUUCCGAUAUAUUUGUGUGUUGAUAUCGACGAAAGAAGACAUUAAACAGAGAAAACAUUGAAAUUUUCGUGAAAACGCCGCGUUUGAGACGUUUUUGGAAUAUUUCGCAAUACGCUCUCCGCGGCCAAUCGCCGCCGCAAUUUCGGAAUUUUCAUACCGGCCGAUCUGAAUAGUUUUGAGAUGAAGUGAGUGUCGGAAGUGGCUAAGCACGUUAAUACAAGUAUUUUAAGCGUUCAAACGGCAAAAAGUAUCGGCGAAUGACUGAAAUUCGUGCAUUUUCAGCACAAAACUUAAAAUCGAUUCAAUUGAUUCAUUUCUAAAUGAAACCUGCUCGUUUUAAGCUCAAAAAAUGCGCGCGAUGAUUAGUUUAACAACGUUAUGCAAUUACAUCGUCGCAAUCGUACAAAAGUUGGGUAAUUUUUGACGAAAAACAUGAAAAAUGGAGUUAAAUUUUAAAUUUCGCGCCAAAAUGGUGAUAAACCGUGCACGCUAGGCCACGCCCUUUUCUGCGUUUUUGGUCGCCGUGAAGUUGUCAACAAAAAAAUUGUUUAUCGAAACAUUUUGUACAUUUUGUCAGUUGACAAUUUUUUUGAUAUAUCCACGACCAGCUGAGAUAUACGGCUUUGAAUGCGACCCCAAUACCUUUCAUUCCAGCCAAAAGGUGCCCUCUGUGGUAUUUUAGCUGAAAUGUUGAAUUUCGCGCCCGACCACAAUAGAGCGUUCUUUCAGACACGACAAUCAUGUCGAAUUCCGCAAGUGAGCUCAACACUUGGUUGCUGGCGGUCCACGUGGCGGCCGAAGACGAUUUCGACGGAUGCGUUCGUCUCUUCACAGAACUGCCGUUCCACAUUGAGCACAACGUGCACAACCGUCGGCAGGCAAACCUUUUUUACGGUGGCAAAAGUCAGAGGGCCGCAAUUCAGCACCACGCAUUCUCCACGGACUCGGACGGACUCUACUCGUGCUAUCGCAUCAAUCAGGAGACUUCGGUGAGCGCAGCUUUGAAACUCGGAUUAUAACUCGAAAACUAUAAGGAUUUUGGAAAAGUUGUCAACUACAAAGUUGUUGGGCCUAAAAUUUGCAACAACUUUUCAGUUGACAACUUUUUGAAAUGAACAAUAGCUCUUGAGAUACAAGCCCUCAAAGAUACAGUACUUUUUGUCAGGCUUGAUUUGACGGAAUGUUUUUCGUUCAUGUACCGCAAACUGUGUAAAUCGUUAAAAAAACCGAAUCAUACAAUAUCGCUUUGUUUCCAGUUGUCCACACGCGGCGCCAUCCGCUACAUUGUCCCCGAGCACUGUGCGCCCAACUGGCGCGCCUCGAUCGUGCUCUCAUCGGCGAUGGACUGCACGUUCUUCUGGAAAACGGACAAACUCGCAUCCGAGACGGAUUUUAUGGAAUUCCGCGAUUCGGGCGGUCUCAACCCGUCGUCCAUUUGCAGCGGAUACUUGGCGGUGGCGACGAUCCGGGUGAACGGGGGAGUUUGUCGGCUGGACAGUUGGCUCGACGACGUCUACUUGUACUUGUACAGGUGUGAGCUUUCAACUGAUAAUAGUCAAAAAGUGGCGCGGGUUCCUAGAAGAGUUGAGAAAGAAUUUAAAACUACUCACAACUCUACUUCAAAGUUAUUACACACCUACAAUAGUUUUAUUCAAGUGGUCAACUGAUGAAAUGUACAAAAUUUUGCAAUGCACAAUUUGUUAGUCGACAACUUUCCACAAUCUCUAUUGUCCCUGUUUCAGCGAGGACGAAAAAGCGGGGGGCGACAAAAAGAAGCAGUUCAAGCCGGAGAUCCUCGCCACAAUCGCCUCCUCGGACAAGUGGACGCCUGUGCAGAAGCGAGUGCUCAUUCCGAAAGCCACGUGCUCCACGCCAAUGUCUUUGUACGCCCACGCGAAGCGAAACGGGCUCUCGCGGGUGUUUAGCAGCGAAAAGUCCGAGUUGCUGGAGAUGAAAUCGAUUACUUUUGAGGCGAACGGACAAUUCGCCACGCUCUACGACCACUUCCACAAGACCAAUUUUGAGAUUGUCGCGCACACGCCCUCCGUGCUCACCACGCCGCCAUUUGACACUUUUGCACCGGAACGGGCACAUCAGUGCGUCGAGGGCAACAGUCUGUUUGCGCACUUUCAGAAGGGCACGCAGCGAGGUAACUAUUUUAUCAGUGCGCACGCAACCCCAGCAUUCCAAUGCGCAAGCGAGUUGUCAAUGGGGCGCGCUUGCAUCCACCGUCGACUCGCAGUUUCUUUUUUCAAUUGAAAACCAGAAUUCUUUCCUUUUUCUCUUAAUAAACACUCAAAUUUUGUUCUUUGCGAACCGUGGGGCGAUUAUGUGAGUUAAAAGCAUCGAUUUAAGCGCGAAACGGAGCAGAUUCGUUCAGAAUUGACCAAAUUGAGGGAUUUUGUCGAAAACUACUGAAAAAACGGAGUUUUAACGAUCAUUUGCCGAAUCGAGUUCGGACACUGGCAUUCGAACCGUCCAGUCAACAAAGAGUUUAUUGCGCAUCUUUUAAGCGCUGAACCGUCGAAAAAUAUACAGAAUUGAGAUAAUUGAGGCAAAUUUUCGAUUCCAAAAGAAAAAAUUCUGUAAUUUUUACAUAAAACGUUUCGAAAUUGAUGAUGAAGCAGUUAAAAUUUCAUUUUUUAUUCAUUUCUAAUAAUUCUCAUAAGUUUUGACCCUGAUUGGUUCUGUAAAGAUGGGGAUAAUGCAAAAAAGGGGAAAAUUGAAAUGUGAGAAACUCUACAACGACGCUCCGGAAUUACGCGUUACGCGCCUUGUUUAGCGCACGUGAAUUGCGUGCCAAGGGAAUUUUUUAUUGGAAGGCUGGGGUUCCGUGCGUGCGGUAAAGCGCGUUUGCUUUUGUUUUCUGUUUCAGAUGCGAACCCGCUGUUCACGUACUACGAAGACCAACUCGAUCACAAUGCGGCAAGUAUGGGAUACAUGACCGGACAGGAGAAUGUUCAGUUGAUUAGGCCACAAGGUUAGAGUAUCCGAGAAUGUUUUCAAAUGUCAUCCGAAUAUUCCUUUUUCAGACGACGAAAUUUCGUUCAACAAACCCUUCUACUACAUAAUGACGCGAAAAGAGGGCGGAGAACAAGUGAUUGUGUGUGCCGGAUACUUUGUAAGUGGUUUUUGUUGGCGCCAGAUUUGAGAAACACGUUUAGAACAACACAAUUUGGGUGUGUGAUCAGGAGCCGAAGAAGGAGAAUCGUGACAAGUGGAAGAAGGUGGAGAGGGUGGACGAGACGGCGACAGAGGCCACGGGAACUACUGCCAAAUGA